UUCACCAAGAUGCAAGUGGAAGCAAUUCAGAAAUACUUUUGCCCAAACUGUGAGCAUAAGAUACAUCAAUGCUUCAUUUGCAAGAACCUUGGCUCUUCUGAUAAUUCUGCUGGGGCUGCAGAGGUUUUCCAAUGCGUGUCAGCCACCUGCGGCUACUUUUAUCAUCCUCGUUGUGUCACAAGACGGCUACGUUUAGGAAAUAAAGAAGAGUCUGAAGCACUAGAGAGACAAAUCAUUGCAGGAGAGUUUACAUGCCCAUUGCACAAAUGCAGUGUCUGUGAAAACGGAGAGGUUAAGACAGACUCUAAUUUGCAAUUUGCUGUUUGCCGGCGAUGUCCAAAGUCCUACCACAGAAAAUGCCUGCCGCGGGAAAUUUCUUUUGAAGAUAUUGAGGACGAGGAUAUAUUUACUAGGGCAUGGGAUGGACUCUUGCACAACCGUGUACUCAUAUAUUGCCAAGAACAUGAGAUAGAUGAAGAACUCCUGACACCAGUUAGAAACCAUGUAAAGUUUCCUUUCACCGAAGAGAAGAAGGCCUUCAUAAAAGAAAGAAAAAGAAUACUAGAAUCACAUGUGGCACGAGAUAGAGAGAGACCUCAGGUUAAGGAUCCUUGUAAGGAUCCUGCCUUACAAGAUACUUGUGGAACAGCUUCUGUUAAAUCCUGUAGAAGUUCGUUUCCUUCAUCAAAAGAUGGUGUCUCAACAAAGAAGCAAAGAUUAGUGUCAUCUGUACCAGACCAUUUGAGAAAGCGAAAUGAUGUUGAUCCAUCGAUAAAGUAUAAAGUGGUUCCACAGAAAUCCCAGAAGAUGAUGGAAGAUCCCCGUGAAGCUGGCAAAAACAAGCUGGGAGUCAAAGAGGCACGUGAAGUUGGUAAAAGCAAGGUUUCUCUGGGUGAGCGGUUGUUUAAUUACGUUCAGGAACCUAACAUAGUAAAGCCUGGGCGCGUGGAUCCAGUUGAUAGCAAGCACCAUAAGACUGACUCAAUUGCCUCCAAGGAGCCAGGAAGUGAAAUUCAUGCAUUGGACAACGACUCUCAAAGGAGGCUCUUGGCGGUAAUGAAAAGAGCUACUGAAGAAAUAACUAUGGGUACUAUUUUAAAGAAAUUCAAAGUUCAAUCUAUGCACACAAACUCCACAAGGAAUGUUGUGGACAAGACGAUCACUAUGGGGAAGGUAGAGGGCUCAGUUCAGGCUGUCAGAACAGCACUAAAAAAGCUUGAGGAAGGAGGAAACAUUGAGGAUGCAAAAGCAGUUUGUGAGCCAGAGGUUCUGAGACAAAUCGCCAAGUGGAAGGAUAAGCUCAAAGUUUAUCUUGCUCCUUUUCUCCAUGGUGCACGCUAUACCUCCUUUGGACGUCAUUUUACUAAUCCUGAAAAACUUCAACAGAUUGUUGAUAGGCUCCAUUGGUAUGCAGAAGAUGGUGAUAUGAUAGUCGACUUCUGUUGUGGCGCUAAUGACUUCAGCUGUUUGAUGAAAACGAAGCUUGAAGAAAGGGGGAAGAAAUGCUUAUAUAAAAAUUAUGAUCUUAUUCAAUCGAAGAAUAGUUUCAAUUUUGAGAGAAAGGAUUGGAUGACUGUACGCAAAGAUGAGUUGGAACCAGGUUCAAAGCUGAUUAUGGGGCUAAAUCCACCAUUUGGAGUCAAUGCUUCUCUUGCAAACAAGUUUAUUGCUAAGGCUCUUGAGUUUCGCCCAAAGAUUCUCAUCCUCAUUGUUCCUCCGGAGACUGAAAGGUUAGAUAAAAAGAAGUCAUCUUAUGUGCUCAUAUGGGAGGAUAAAACGUUCCUAUCUGGAAAUUCAUUUUACCUGCCUGGUUCUGUCAAUGAGGAAGACAAACAAUUGGAAGACUGGAACAAUGUUCCUCCGCCGCUUUCUCUCUGGAGUCGGUCCGACUUUGCAGCCAAGCACAAGAAAAUAGCGGAAAAGCAUUGCCACUUGUUUAGAGAUGUGGGGAGCUCAAAUUUAGGGAAAGUAGAAGAAGAAGCAAACGGAUCUUUGCAUCCACUUGGAGCUUUUGUGGGCAUGUGUACUACUAUUCCUAGAGAUAGUCCUUCCACAUUGGACAACGAAGAUGUUCCUAUGGAACAGGAUGAAAUUGAGGUAGCUGAGUGUGUUACUAACAUUUUGCUCUCUGAGAAAAUCGAAACACGGGAAGCUAUAGCACGUGUACAUCAGUCAGAUCACUUGUCAAAGAGAAGUCAGCUGGAAAAGGAGGAGAAGACCAAAGACUGCUCUGGUAGGAAGCUUGGGAAGUCCGUGGAUGCUAAUGAUGUGGAUUUGAAGAGCAAUGACAUGGAAGAGGAUCCAGGAGAGUUGAAUAGAGCGCAAGAGAGCAUCAAAGUUAAAAUUCCCGAAAUGUCAUCUGAUUGGCAGAGUCCUGUUAGGGCAUCCCCAGAUGAUAUAUAUGAUGUCUGCACAUCAAUUUCCAAUACAACAUCUCAAAGACCUCACGAAUCUGUAGAAGUAUCUCUGCCUACAAUAACGAGGACAAAAAGUAACUUGGGAAAGAAUAUUAGAGAACCUGAUAGUAAAGUGCAGGGCAUUGGAAAACCUGAAGUGACACUGAAUAGGCCAAGCUCUGUAAGAUCUUCUAGAGAGGACAUCUUUACUGUCCGUCCAUCGCCAGCAAAUACGGGUCAGAAGCCAUUUGAAGCUUUUGAACCAUCUCAUGGUGCAACUUUAUCCCAUUUCGACGAUGGUCUUGCUGCUAAGUAUGGCCUUGGUGGAGGCUACAGAAUGCCGGAUCCUCCUUUCAUACCGGAUCAGUUUGAUUUCCGAGGAUAUUCAGACCUCAAUAGAGGGGUUAGUCCAAGAGAGUAUUCACAGCAAUACGUUGGGCACUUGGACCCCAUGUUAGCUCCUCCAAAUCUGAUGGACAAUACAUAUCUAUUGCAACAACGUUAUGCACCUCACUUCGAUCAGAUGAAUUACCAGAGGAUGAGCUCUUUCCCAACUCAGCCUCCAAUGCAACCUAGUGGACACAAUCUCUUUGAUCCUCAUGGCUUUCCACUGCAACCGCCACCGCCUCCACCUCCACCACCUAGUGACUUUGAAAGGAGUCCAAGGGGUUUUGCACCUGGCCCGAACCCAAACUACCCUUAUAUUAGUCGAUCUGGCGGUUGGAUUGAUGACUAGACUAUCACUAACUAUCCUUGUAGUUGCAACAUUUGUAGUUUGAUAGAUCUUUUGUGUAUCACUCUCUGAAAUUAAUUGUAGGAAGAAGAGAAGAAAUCUUGAACUUUUCUCUGCCACUCAUGUCUAAGAGCUAGUGGGCCUUUUGGCUAUUCAAUAAUAUCAAAAAGAAAAAGGAAGCCA